AAAAAUGAACAUAAACUAGCCAGUCGAGCUACCAAUGAAGAUGAGAUUGUAGUCCGGUUACCAAUAGCUGUAGCAAUGGUAAAAUUAUUACAAAAUUUACCUGGCAACAUGUUACGAGACAAUAUUUCUGGAAUUUUUUUGAAGUUAUGCUAUCUUUUAAAAUCUCGUGCAGACAGUAUUCGUGAAAGUUCCAGAGAGACUUUAGUCAAAAUUAUGCAAUCCUUGGGCCCGUCAUACUUAUGGUAUCUGAUUCGAGAAAUGAAAGCAAUGCUAAAACUUGGAUAUCAGCGUCAUGUGCUAUCUUAUACUAUACAUUCAGUGCUGAACAGUAUGCAAAAUACACUUCAGUAUGGAAGUUUAGACAAAUGUAUAGAUAUGUUACUUCAGAUAUGCAAUGAAGAAUUAUUUGGAUACACUGCAGAAGAAAAAGAAGUGAAUAAAAUUGUUAGAAAAUUGAAAGAAGCAGGAGCUGUCAAAAGUUACAUGAUAUAUCAGAUUUUAGGAAACUAUGUUUCUGAUUCAUUUUUAAAGAAUUUAAUUCAUCCUUUGUCUGUAAUUUUGUUGGAAACACAUAAUCACAAAGUGCUAUUGAAAAUUCAAGCAUGCUUACGACACAUAACUUUGGGCUUGGCAGAAAAUAAUUCUAUAAAUGUUUCUACACUCCUAGUUUUCAUUUAUGGAAUAAUUAAAGAGAAAACUACUACUAUUGACAAGAAAAAUGCAAGUAAUUUACAUGAUUUCCCAAAAACUUGUGAUUCAUAUAUUAUUCCUAAAGAACCUCCAAGAAGCAUAAUUAAAUCGAAUUUAAGCAGUCUGACAAACAGUCAUGUAUUAGUGGAAUUUGGCUUACAGGGUUCAAUAUCAAGUACAAACAGGAGAAAAAGGCAGAAAUUUGAAGUCACCAAUAUAAAUCUUGCAUAAUACAGACAGAAAAUAGUUAUUUAAACAGCAGCAAAAGGCAGAAUCUAAGUCAAAAUAAUCACGAAGCACAUUAAGAAGUAAUUUGGGAAGAACUGAAUCAAAUACCUGGGAAAUGUCUAGAUAUAUAAUGUAAGUGGACUCUUUUUCCUCAAAAUUUUACAAAAUUGUGUAAGUUGUUUCAAGGAGGUUAGUGGUGGUAGCGAGGUUAUGAAUGCCAUAGUGUUGAAAGGUAGAGAGUCUGGAGGUAAGGGCUGUUUCACACUAUGACCAACCCGACCGAUUUUAUAAUCGGAUCGACUAGUAGUAAAAGCAUUCACGCAGUACGAUUAAAUGUCGGUGGCCGACUCAUAAGGACCAAUCACAACACGUGUUAUAGAUCAAUACACUAGCCAAUCAUGGUAAGUUUUUUAAAUUAAAUGGAAAACAUGGCCGUCAUGGAAAGCGAUUGUGCAUUUAGAUAUAUCGCGUCAUUAUUAGAUUAGUCAAUCACAUACCUUCAACGUUUAGUUUCUUGGAAAUCUCCGUCCAAGAAUUAUUUUUUUUAUGUUGUCUUUAUAAUCAGCUUGCUGAAUAUCAUAAAGCCACGGAUAUGUUCUGACUUCGUUUAUUAAAGCUUCCGAGAAAUCUAUACUUUCCAUCAUUUUCUAACUUCGACGUAGAUUGGAUAAAUCUAAACUCUGAUUGGUUAUAGUUUCGAAGCUCUCGUUGGCUGUAGCUCACCGACUGCUCCGACCCGACUACAAAUAUUUAACUUUUCAAAUCUGUUCGACUGGAACAACUAGUCGGUUGGCAGACUGCUGUUGCCAUGGCAACGCGACUUGGAGUUGGGCCAGUCGGUCAUAGGGUGAAAUAGCCCUAAUUAGUGAAUAUAUUUUGUGGUCUAGGCAUGUUUUAAAUAUUUUUAUCGUGGCUGAUAAGAUGGCAAAGGAGAAACCAUCUUUUUUUGGGGAGGGUAUUUAUUUUUGAAAUUAGGCCAUUUUUUAGAGAUAUGGCUUGAGUUUAGAAGCCUAGUGAACAAUUUUAUAACGAUUUAAAAGAAAAAGCAGGUAGAAGUGAAAAAUACUAAAGAAAUCAAAAGAUUAGGAGUUUUCCAAGGCAA